AAACUGUUUCUGUCCAGGCUGGCAACCCCCCACAUCUCCUCCAGACAUGCCAAUUCCCAGUCUCCAAGUCAGGAGGACUUUACUCCUCUCCCCUCCGUCAAUAAGCGCUUGGCCCUUCUCCGUCCCUCGCGGGAGCUGCUGGAAUACUACCGCAAGAAGAUCGACGACUUCGAUGAGGAACAUGAGGAUUUGGUGAAAAGGCUGGAGAGGUACAAAGAAACCUACGAUGAGCAGCACAAACUGCAAUGGGAAGUACGUCAGCGAGAGGAGGAGGUCGUGGAGUUGCAAAAGGCUUUGAGUGAUAUGCAAGUCUGUCUCUUCCAGGAGAAGGAACGUGUCCUUCGCCUCUACUCGGAGAACGACCGGCUGAAAAUCAGGGAAUUGGAGGAUAGGAAAAAAAUUCAGCAUCUCCUGGCUUUAGUGGGAACAGACCAAGGAGAAGUCACCUAUUUUCACAAGGAGCCUCCACAUAAGGUUACUGUUCUGCAAAGGCCAGCUAAAUCCAAAGAGUCACACGAAAGAAGUGACACUUCUAGAACAGGUACCAAGAGGAGCACUUCAAAACCAGCGGCAAAAGGAGAAAAAACAGAAAGUCCUGAGAGAUAUCUGAGAGAUAAUCAAACACUUCUACUUCAGGUGGAGGCCCUGCAAGCUCAGCUAGAAGAACAGACACGAUUGUCCAAGGAACAGGUUGAAGCACUACUAGAGGACAGACGGAUUCAUAUGGAAGAAGCCCAGGUCCAGCAUCAGAGGGACCAGGACAAGAUCAAAACUAUAACAGAUAAACUCCAUAAGACUCAAAAUCUCUUGUAUGAGAGUACCCGUGACUUUCUCCAGCUCAAGUUUGAUGCCCGAGCCAAUGAGAAAGCGUGGAUAGCAGAGAGAGACAGUCUGUUGAGGAAACUUGACAAAGAUCUGGAUAGGCUUACUACCAGCAGGGAGCCAGGAAAAAAGAAGCAGAGAGAUACCAAGAAGGUGCUUCAAGUAGAUGAUGGAGCUUGGAAACCCCACAAGAGAGAAAUAAAGUUGCUACAAGAACAGCUACUGCAGGAGCAGCGCCUGUCGAACAUGUACAGAGAGCAGUGUGUCACCCUGGAAGGUGAGCUGGCCAGGGUUCGUGAGGAGGGGGCUGCUGGCAGAGAACUCUUCAAGGAGCGCUCGGAGAAGAUGGGGCAGCGCCUGAAGCUGAUGACUCAGAGAUAUGAGGCCUUAGAGAAACGUCGUGGUAUGGAAGUGGAAGGCUUCAGGAAUGACAUUAAACAGCUUAGGCAGAAGUUGAAAGAUGUAGAGAAGCAGCUCUUUAAGGUGACUCUGACUAUCGGACCAGACCAGGAUCUUGCAGUUCUACGUGAGAUCCGCCAAGGAAACAGACUAACCCGUAAAAUUCAAGGAGAACUAAAAAACUUAAAAGCAAAAAUCUAUGGCUUAGAGAAUGAACUACGGGUUUGCUAA